CAUACAUUUAUGGCUUGAAAAUAUCAUUCUCCAUUCCACUCCACUGCGAGCAACACUACCAAAUCGCCAUGGCAACACUCACACAGCGAACAGUGGCAUCUUCCAUUUUCCAUUCCCACACACUCCCACGGAAACCAUGCUUCUUCCUCCGCUUUCGCUUUCCCUCCACUUUCUGCAACUUCACAUUUUCCCUUUCCAAUUUCGCCGUGAAAUCUUCUUCGCGCCUCGCCGUUAUCUCCGCUUCAUCCUCCUCCGAGUACCACCACAACUCCUCCUCAUCUCCAGACAUCGCCGUCCUUCUCGAAGUCGACGGGGUUCUUAUGGACUCGCACCGCGUCGGAAAUCGCCUCGCCUUCAAUAAAGCGUUCGAGAAGCUUGGGCUCGAUUGCGCGAACUGGACUGAACCUGUCUAUUCGGAUCUUUCAAAGAGAAGUGCUGGAGAUGAGGAAAAAAUGGUAUUUCUGUAUUUUAAUCGCAUUGGGUGGCCUUCUUCGUUACCCACAAAUGAGCAGGGACUUUUUGCGAAAAGAGUUUUACAGCAAAAGGAAAAGGCGUUAGAAGAGUUUGUGAUGUCAAAAAGUCUACCUUUGCGGCCUGGUCUUGAACAGUUUAUUGAUGAUGCAUAUAAUGAAGGAGUUCCAGUGGUAAUAUUAACGGCCUACGGUAAAAGUGGUGAUAAUAUUACCGGGUCCAUAAUGGAAAAGCUUGGUGAUGAUCGAAGCAUAAAGGUCAUUAUUGUAGGGAAUAAGGAGGUUGAACAAAGUUUAUAUGGACAACUAGUCUUGGGAAAGGUAAUUGCUUCUGGUUUGGAUGAAGAGCUUGCCAAUGAAGCCAAAAGAGCUGUUUCUGCUGAAAAACAAAGGUUAGCAAAGGAGGUAGCAUCCAUGCUAAAAUUGAGUGUUGAGAUUGAUACCAGCUCAUCUGAAAGUCUAGCUAAGAUUGUGGCUGCACUACGUGCGGGAGCUGAAUAUGCAGGGAUACCCGUCUGCAACUGUGUCCUUGUUGCAGGAAGCCAAUCUGGCGUAGCUGGAGGUACACAGGUGGGCAUGCCAUGUGUUGUUUUACGAAGCAGUUUGACAUCUAGAGCUGAGUUUCCAUUAGCAAAUGCUACAAUGGAUGGAUUUGGAGGUGCAGAUCUAACAAUUUCAAAAUUACGUAGUCUACGCCCCAAGAACAACCAAAGGACUGAAUGAGUUCUAUAUCAAUUUACCUUACCCAAGAAAUUAGCAAGAAACACAACAUAAUCACACUUGCUCUGGAUUUGAAGCUUUUGUGCGGGCAAGCAAAGGGAGUUUAAAAUAGUCAUCGCUUUUCCAGCAGCGUGAGGAAAGAUUAUUCUUGUUUGGGAUUGGCUGUGGAUAACUAUCAUUGUAAUAUUUCUGGGUAAUUAUCAUUGUAAUAUUUCUGAUGUAAAUUCCUAUCUUAAUGGAACUGAGAUCUUUCUUGCAAAAUGUAGUUACGAGAUGAUAAUGUUUCUCUUUUCUUUAACACUUGUAAGAGGCACCUUGAUGAGUUAGAAAUGUCUCGUGGGGUGGGAAUGGGAUUGUUUUAGGAGUCGAGACUUUGGUAAUUGAUUGACAUCUGUAACGGAGUUUGAAUCCAUCGUAUAUGUUUGGUUACAUGUCUCAAAGGACUGAAUCUACGUCAAAUUGAAAGUCUUCUCUUUGGACGUGAAAAUCCUAGGUUAGGUUAGGUGCCUUGAAAAUGUUAAGGCCAAACACGCACAGGGAAGUAGCACUAGUUAAUUGUGUUAUUGGUCUUGAACUAGUAACCUAGCAACUAUUAAACCUACUGAAUAUAUAUUAAAAUUCCCAUUUAAUUUUA